AUGGCCCCAGCCCGGCGGGAGCGCAGCGGCCGGGAGAUGCUCCUCCUGGCGGCGGUGGGCUGCCUGCUCCUGGGCGCCGCGCUGCUGCAGCCGGCGCUCGCCAAGGUGUGCAACGACCGCACCAAGCGCGGUCAGGACAACAGCUGGUUCGCCCGGGACGGUGAGGAUUUGCCCAUCAUGGUGCUCAUGCCCAUGAACGAGUCGGCGCUGAUGAGCAGCAUCAGCCAGGGGAUCGAACCCGCGGUGCAGCUGGCCAUCCAGCACAUGAGGGAGUCCAGGAAGUACUCGUUCUCCCUCAUCACCAAAAUCUACGACACCGAGUGCGACAACGCCAAGGGCCUGAGGGCUUUCUUCGACGCCAUCUGCUACGGCCCCAAACACCUGAUGAUCUUCGGCGGCGUGUGCCCCUCGGUCACCUCAAUCAUCGCCGAGUCCUUGGAGGGCUGGAACCUGGUGCAGCUGUCCUUCGCGGCGACCACACCCGUCUUGGCGGACAGGAAAAAGUACCCCAACUUCUUUCGCACGGUGCCGUCGGACAACGCUGUCAACCCGGCGGUGGUCAAGUUCCUCAACUACUACAACUGGAGCCGCGUGGGGACGCUCACUCAGGACGUGCAGCGCUUCUCUGAGGUGAGGAACGACCUGACGAGCGAGUUGGAGAAGGCCGACAUCCAGAUCGCCGAUACGGAAAGUUUCUCCAACGACCCGUGCAUCAACGUGAAGAAGCUCAAGGACAAUGACGUGAGAAUUAUCAUCGGGCAGUUUGACGAGAACUUGGCCUCUAAAGUCUUCUGCUGUGCGUACAACCUGAACAUGUUUGGCAGCAAGUACCAGUGGAUCAUUCCUGGCUGGUACCAGGGCAACUGGUGGGAACAAGCCAACAGCACCAACUGCACCACCAAGAAGCUGCUGGUCGCCAUGGAAGGUUACAUCAGCGUCGACUUUGAGCCGCUCAGCGCUCGCCAGAUCAAAGGCAUCUCGGGCAGGACGCCAAAGGAGUACGAGAGGGAGUACAGCCGGGAGCUUCGCCAGAAAGGGGUGGAGCCCAGCAAAUUCCACGGCUUCGCCUACGACGGCAUCUGGGUCAUCGCCAAGACCCUGACCCGGGUCAUGGACCUGCUGCGGGUCAAGCAGCGGCAAAACCACUACCACAACUUCACGGUGGACGACCACGAGGUGGGCAAGAUGGUGCUGGACGUCAUGAACGAGACCAACUUCUUUGGCGUGACGGGCCAGGUCAUGUUCCGCAACGGAGAGCGCAUGGGCACCAUCAAGUUCAACCAGUUUCAAGAGGGUCAGGAGGUGAAGGUGGGGGAAUACAACGCCAUCGCCGACGUGCUCGACCUCAUCAACAACUCCAUACGCUUCCAAGGCGUGGAGCCGCCCAAAGAUCGUACAAUCGUGCGUAAGGAGCGGCGGCACAUCAACGUUCCACUCUACAGCAUCCUGUCCACCAUCACCAUCCUGGGCAUGCUCAUGGCCGGGGCCUUCCUCUUCUUCAACAUCAAGAACCGCAACCACCGACUGAUCAAGAUGUCCAGUCCCUACAUGAACAACCUCAUCAUCUUAGGAGGCCUGCUCUCCUACGCCUCCAUCUUCCUCUUCGGGCUGGACGGAGGUUUUGUGUCGGACAAAGAGUUCGAGACUCUCUGCACGGUGCGGACGUGGAUCCUCAUCGUCGGCUACACCACGGCCUUCGGCGCCAUGUUCGCCAAGACCUGGAGGGUGCACGCCAUCUUUAAAAAUGUCAAGAUGAAGAAGAAGAUCAUCAAGGACCAGAAGCUGCUGAUCAUCGUUGGCGGCAUGCUGCUGAUCGACUUGUGCAUCCUCAUUUGCUGGCAGAUUGUGGACCCGCUGAGGAGGACCGUGGAGGAGUACAGCCUGGAGCCGGACCCUCACGACCGAGACCUGGCCAUCCGUCCCUUCCUGGAGCACUGCGAGAACACCCACAUGACCAUCUGGCUGGGCAUCGUCUACGCCUACAAGGGCCUGCUGAUGUUGUUCGGCUGCUUCCUGGCCUGGGAGACGCGCAACGUCAGCAUCCCCGCCCUCAACGACAGCAAGUACAUCGGCAUGAGCGUCUACAACGUGGGCAUCAUGUGCAUCAUCGGCGCCGCCGUCUCCUUCCUGACCAGGGACCAGCCCAACGUCCAGUUCUGCAUCGUGGCGCUGGUCAUCAUCUUCUGCAGCACCAUCACGCUCUGCCUGGUCUUUGUCCCCAAGUUCGUCUCCAUGAGGACCAACCCCGACGCCGCCACGCAGAACCGCAGGCUGAAGUUCACCCAGAACCAGAAGAAGGAGGACUCCAAGACGUCCACCUCCGUCACCAGCGUCAACCAGGCCAACACCUCCAGACUGGAUGCUCUGCAGACCGACAACCACCGCCUGCGCAUGAGGAUCACUGAGCUGGACAAAGAACUGGAGGAAGUGACCAUGCAGCUGCAGGACACGCCUGAGAAGACUCCCUACAUCAAACACAACCACUACCCCGACGCCAACAACAUCCUCAGCAUACGCAACUUCACUGACGGCAAAGACGCUGACAGGAGCCUCCUGAAGAACCAUCUGGAGCAGAAGCCUCAGGGCCAGUGGGGCUCCAUGGAUCCUUCCAGAAUAACUCGCGGUCCUUUGGAGGACAUCAACUCCCCUGAACACAUCCAACGCCGGCUGUCCCUGCAGUUGCCCAUCCUGCACCACGCCUACCUGCCCUCCAUAGGGGGUGUAGACGCCAGCUGCACCAGCCCCAACGACAGCCCCGGCUCCAGCCCGCGCCACAGACACAUGCCCCCCUCCUACCGGGUCAUGGUGUCGGGCCUGUGAGGGUCACCCCGCCGGCAAGACCCCGCCCCUCUCGACCACGCCGACCCCCCUAUGGCCCCCCUUAAUACACACACCACAGUCUCUUGUUGCCGAGGAGACGGAGGGUUGUUUUUUCUACCACGAGACGGACUGAGAGCAUCAGCAACAUGGAGGACGUCUGCAGCGCCCGCAGGAGUGGGAGGAGCCUGGCCACGCCAACCCCUGCUAGCAACAACCAAGCCUUAGCCGCUCCUUUGUCGCACGUCAGACAUGUAAAUACCAUUCCAGACCUUUGGCUUUGUGGCGGCGGUUUGGGGCGCUACCACCAAAGCACACGCCGCUCGCUGUGAGCGCUCUUGACGCACGUGAACACUCUUUGUUUUUCCACCGCCGCUUACCCUCACUGCUCAUUAUCCCACGCCUUGGAUUGGACUUUCACGUGUGUGUGUGUGUGUGUGUGUGUGCGUGUGUGUGUGUGUGUGUGUGUGUGUGUGUGUGUGUGUGUGUGUGUGUGUGUGUGUGUGUGUGCACAAAAUACAAGAUGGCGUGAGCGAUCAUAUUGAUCGGGUCGGAAAGGAUGUAGGUCGACCACUUCCGCACUUGACCUGAAUUUCCACGAGCGGCGAGGAUUGUGGGCGGAGCCUAAAGCACAUGCAGCAGCGCCCCCGACACCCGUACAACGUCACGUCACGCCCAGCCUCCGUUGCCAUGGAAAUGUAACGCCGGCCCGUGCGGCCCACGACCACACGAUGUUUAGGUUGUUUUUUUUUACGUUUUGCUUCUCUGGUCCUGGUCCUGGUCCUGGUCCCGGUCCUGGUCCUGGCGGGAGACCGAAGGAUGUUUCUUGUUUUUCUCACCAUCGGUGUCUUGGUUUUUAGUUUUGUAAAAAGGCGUCCGUCCAGCGCUGUGCCUGUCGUCUCCGAGUCCACGUCGUCACGGCGCAUCUUUACGUUCCCUUUCCCUCCCUUUCUCACGCCUCCAUGCACGGCGUGGGACCAAACCGCCGGUCAGAACAAAAGAACCGGACCGGACGGCUUUGAGGCCCCGCCCCCGCCAGGCCCCGCCCACCGGGGGCCACCCGAGUGAGCACGGGGGUCCAAAGCAGGAAGGACAACCACCUUUUCUAUCGGGACUUCAUGGUGAUCGUGUUCAAGUCACCUUCAAGGUGGGCGUCGACCUCUUGUUGUCACGGGGAUGGUGUUUCCGAGGGCGUGUCCUUCACACGCCUUUGCACUUCUUUGCACGCGCUCUUUGCGUCCAUGCAGGGUUUCCCAAACCUUUCAACCUUUCCGUGUUUCCAUUCCUUCAUUUAUCAUGCAGACAUUCAAACUCGUCUGCUCCGCCAGAGCAUAAGAAGACUUACUACUAAACAAACAGUAUUUCUAAUACUGCUGUCAAACUAUUCAUUCUUCCAAUCCGACUGCUCACACUUUUUAAUUAUUGAUUAAUCGCGAUUAAUUAUUUGUUGCUGAUUUACUUGUAGCGCUCUCUCCUCAAAAACAUGUUUUGCUUUAUGAUCUUAUUUGAGUGAUUAAUCACAUGAAUUAAUGCAUUAAAUUUGACAGCCCUCGUUUAUACUUAAUUUAUGCGAUAUUAUUCUGUGAUUAAUCACAUGAGUUAAUCCUUUAAAUUUGACAGCCCUCGUUAAUACUUAAUUUAUGCGAUAUUAUUCUGUGAUUAAUCACAUGAGUCAAUGCAUUAAAUUUGACAGCCUUUGUUUAUACUUAAUUUAUGCGAUAUUAUUCUGUGAUUAAUCACAUGAAUUAAUGCAUUAAAUUUGACAGCCCUCGUUUAUACUUAAUUUAUGUGAUAUUAUUCUGUGAUUAAUCGCAUGAGUUAAUCCUUUAAAUUUGACAGCCCUCGUUAAUACUUAAUUUAUGCGAUAUUAUUCUGUGAUUAAUCAUGAGUUAAUCCUUUAAUUUUGACAGUCCUCGUUAAUACUUAAUUUAUGCGAUAUUAUUCUGUGAUUAAUCACAUGACUUAAUCCUUUAAAUUUGACAGCCCUCGUUAAUACUUAAUUUAUGCGAUAUUAUUCUGUGAUUAAUCACAUGAGUUAAUCCUUUAAAUUUGACAGCCCUCGUUAAUACUUAAUUUAUGCGAUAUUAUUCUGUGAUUAAUCAUGAGUUAAUCCUUUAAUUUUGACAGCCCUCGUUAAUACUUAAUUUAUGCGAUAUUAUUCUGUGAUUAAUCACAUGAGUCAAUGCAUUAAAUUUGACAGCCUUUGUUUAUACUUAAUUUAUGCGAUAUUAUUCUGUGAUUAAUCACAUGAGUCAAUGCAUUAAAUUUGACAGCCUUUGUUUAUACUUAAUUUAUGCGAUAUUAUUCUGUGAUUAAUCACAUGAAUUAAUGCAUUAAAUUUGACAGCCCUCGUUUAUACUUAAUUUAUGUGAUAUUAUUCUGUGAUUAAUCGCAUGAGUUAAUCCUUUAAAUUUGACAGACUUUGUUUAUACUUAAUGUAUGCGAUAUUAUUCUGUGAUUAAUCACAUGAAUUAAUGCAUUAAAUUUGACAGCCCUCGUUAAUACUUAAUUCAUGCGAUAUUAUUCUGUGAUUAAUCACAUGAAUUAAUGCAUUCAAUUUGACAGCCCUCGUUAAUACUUAAUUCAUGCGAUAUUAUUCUGUGAUUAAUCACAUGAAUGAAUGCAUUAAAUUUGACAGCCCUCGUUAAUACUUAAUUCAUGCGAUAUUAUUCUGUGAUUAAUCACGUGAGGUAAUGCAUUAAAUUUGACAGCCCUCGUUUAUACUUAAUGCGAUAUUAUUCUGUGAUUAAUCACAUUAGUUAUUCCUUUAAAUUUGACAGCCCUCGUUUAUACUUAAUUAAUGUGACAUUAUUCUUUGAUUAAUCAUGAGAUAUGGCACUAAAUUUGAAAGCCCUCGUUUAUACAUAAUUAAUGUGAUAUUAUUCUGUGAUUAAUCACAUGAGUUAAUGCAUUAAAUUUGACAGCCCUCGUUUACAUACUUGAUUAAUGCGAUCAUUUUGGGUGAUUAAUCACUUGUUUUAAUACUUUAAAAUUGACAGCCUUAUAUACUUGAUUAAUACGAUAAUUUUGGGUGAUUAAUCGCUUGAGUUUAAGCAUAAACUUUGACAGCCCUAGUUUAAAUUUGAUUAAUGCGAAAAUUUGGCGGUGAUUAAUCACUUGCAUUAAUACUUUAUAUUUGACAGCCUUAGUAUAUACUUGAUUAAUACGAUCAUUUUGGGUGAUUAAUCACUUGAGUUAAAGCAUAACAUUUGAGAGCCUUAGUUUAUACAUGAUUAAUACGAUCAUUUUGGGUGAUUAAUCACUUGAGUUAAAGCAUAAAAUUUGAGAGCCUUAGUUUAUACAUGAUUAAUGCAAUUAUUUUGGGUGAUUAAUUGCUUAAGUUAAUACUUUAAAUUUGACAGCCCUAGUUUAUACUUGAUUAAUGCGAUCUUUUCGGGGUGAUUAAUCGCUUGCGGUAAUACAUUAAAUAUGACAGCCUUAGUGUAUGCUUGAUUAAUACCUUCAUUUUGGGUGAUUAAUCGCUUCAGUUAAAGCAUAAAAUUUGAGAGCCUUAGUUUAAACUUGAUUAAUGCGAUACAUUUUGGUGAUUAAUCACUUGCGUUAAUACAUUAACUUUGACACCCUUCCUGUACACAUGAUUAAUUUCGAUAUUUUUGGUGAUUAAUCGCUUAAGUGAAGGCAUUAAAUUUGUACUUACCAGUUUGUACAUAAUUAAUGAUUAAUCGCUCGAGUUAAUACAUAAAAUUUGACACCCUUCCUGUACACAUGAUUAAUACCAUCAUUUUGGGUGAUUAAUCACUUGAGUUAAUACAUUAAAUUUGACACCUUUCCUGUACACAUGAUUAAUGCGAUCAUUUUGGGGUGAUUAAUCGCUUGAGUUAAAGCAUACAAUUUGACAGCCUUAGUAUAUACUUGACUAAUGCGAUCAUUUUGGGUGAUUAAUCGCUUGAGUUAAAGCAUAAAAUUUGACAGCCUUAGUGUAUACUUGACUAAUGCGAUCAUUUUGGGUGAUUAAUUGCUUGAGUUAAAGCAUACAUUUUAAACAUGAUUAAUGCGAUACAUUUUGGUGAUUAAUCGCUUGAGUUAAUACAUUACAUUUGAUACCCUUCCUCUACACAUGAUUAAUGCGAUAUUUUUGGUGAUUAAUCGCUUAAGUGAAGGCAUUAAAUUUGUACUUACCAGUUUGUACAUAAUUAAUGAUUAAUCGCUUGAGUUAAUACAUAAAAUUUGACACCCUUCCUGUACACAUGAUUAAUACCAUCAUUUUGGGUGAUUAAUCACUUGAGUUAAUACAUUAAAUUUGACACCUUUCCUGUACACAUGAUUAAUGCGAUCAUUUUGGGGUGAUUAAUCGCUUGAGUUAAAGCAUAAAAUUUGACAGCCUUAGUAUAUACUUGACUAAUGCGAUCAUUUUGGGUGAUUAAUUGCUUGAGUUAAAGCAUAAAAUUUGACAGCCUCAUUUUAAACAUGAUUAAUGUGAUACAUUUUGGUGAUUAAUCGCUUGAGUUAAUACAUUCAAUUUGACACCCUUCCUGUACACAUGAUUAAUUUAGAUAUUUUUGGUGAUUAAUCGCUUGAGUGAAGGCAUUAAAUUUGUACUUACCAGUUUGUACAUAAUUAAUGAUUAUUCGCUUGAGUUAAUACAUAAAAUUUGACACCCUUCCUGUACACAUGAUUAAUACCAUCAUUUUGGGUGAUUAAUCACUUGAGUUAAUACAUUAAAUUUGACAACUUUCCUGUACACAUGAUUAAUGCGAUCAUUUUGGGGUGAUUAAUCGCUUGAGUUAAAGCAUAAAAUUUGACAGCCUUAGUAUAUACUUGACUAAUGCGAUCAUUUUGGGUGAUUAAUUGCUUGAGUUAAAGCAUAAAAUUUGACAGCCUUAGUAUAUACUUGACUAAUGCGAUCAUUUUGGGUGAUUAAUCGCUUGAGUUAAAGCAUAAAAUUUGACAGCCUUAGUAUAUACUUGACUAAUGCGAUCAUUUUGGGUGAUUAAUCGCUUGAGUUAAAGCAUAAAAUUUGACAGCCUUAGUAUAUACUUGACUAAUGCGAUCAUUUUGGGUGAUUAAUUGCUUGAGUUAAAGCAUAAAAUUUAAACAUGAUUAAUGCGAUACAUUUUGGUGAUUAAUCGCUUGAGUUAAUACUUUACAUUUGAUACCCUUCCUCUACACAUGAUUAAUGCGAUAUUUUUGGUGAUUAAUCGCUUAAGUGAAGGCAUUAAAUUUGUACUUACCAGUUUGUACAUAAUUAAUGAUUAAUAGCUUGAGUUAAUACAUAAAAUUUGACACCCUUCCUGUACACAUGAUUAAUACCAUCAUUUUGGGUGAUUAAUCACUUGAGUUAAUACAUUAAAUUUGACACCUUUCCUGUACACAUGAUUAAUACCAUCAUUUUGGGUGAUUAAUCACUUGAGUUAAUACAUUAAAUUUGACACCUUCCUGUACACAUGAUUAAUACCAUCAUUUUGGGUGAUUAAUCACUUGAGUUAAUACAUUAAAUUUGACACCUUCCUGUACACAUGAUUAAUACCAUCAUUUUGGGUGAUUAAUCACUUGAGUUAAUACAUUAAAUUUGACACCCUUCCUGUACACAUGAUUAAUACCAUCAUUUUGGGUGAUUAAUCACUUGAGUUAAUACAUUAAAUUUGACACCUUCCUGUACACAUGAUUAAUACCAUCAUUUUGGGUGAUUAAUCACUUGAGUUAAUACAUUAAAUUUGACACCUUCCUGUACACAUGAUUAAUGCAAUCAUUUUGGGUGAUUAAUCACUUGAGUUAAUACAUUAAAUUUGACACCUUCCUGUACACAUGAUUAAUGCAAUCAUUUUGGGGUGAUUAACCACUUGAGUUAAAGCAUAAAAUUUGACAGCCUCAUUUUAAACAUGAUUAAUGCGAUACAUUUUGGUGAUUAAUCGCUUGAGUUAAUACAUUACAUUUGACACCCUUCCUCUACACAUGAUUAAUGCGAUAUUUUUGGUGAUUAAUCGCUUAAGUGAAUGCAUUAAAUAUGUACUUAGCAGUUUAUACAUAAUUAAUGUGAUAACAUUUUGGGAUUGAUUACAUGAAUGAAGGCAUUAAAUUGGACAGUCCUCGUUUAUACACAAUGAAUGAUUAAUCAUUUUGUGCGAUUAAUCGCAUGAGUAUUGAAUGAUACUCUGCUUGGGGCCCUGCAAGGACUUGUGUUGAUUAUUGCUUAUUGAUCACUCAAAUGAAUACCGUCAUCCAUUUUGGCCUCCGAUCAUCAUUUUGGGAAACCCUGAUUGUAAAAAGACAAGUUUGCUAUUUGGACGUCAAACUAGCAACCUCAGACUGAGCUGCAAGGCAGAAGCAAUCCAUAGUUCUUUUACUUCUGGCUGAAAGGAACAAAACUGAGAUUUAAUUUGUAGUUUUGGUUCCAAGAGUGAACAAAAGGUGGUCCAAAGGGCUGGUGGAAGUUGCUGACAUGGACAAAAAACACGCCGCGUUCUUUCACAAUUCUUUUCUAGAACUUUCUACGGCGUCGGCGUGAAAACAAAAGUUCACUUUGUGCGUCACUCUUCACCUUGAACAAAGCAAAAUGCAAGCCGAGGGGCAAUAACUCCUUUUGUGUUCACACACAGAGACAAGCGCAGUAUAUAUAGAGAAAUAUAUAUAGAUAUAAAUAAAGGUAUAUGUCAAAGAUCAUCUAUGUCACACUAAACGCCACAAGAAAGAUACUUCUUGACAGUAUCUCUAACAAUGUUGUGUACAGAUGAGCUAUCGCUAUGGAGACGUUGUAGAAACUCAAGUGUCACAUGACAUCCCUACUUUUUUAUUUUUGUUUUGGGAGCCACUGGUUGCUACGGAAACAGCCGGGAGGAAAAUCAAACAACGUUCUUCUUUUUUGUUGUCUGAAUGUUCUGGACAGCCGUUACUUUUCACAUCAUCGUCCAAUAAAGUGAGACUGAAAGUGAGACGCUCUGCUCGGACCUUAUUUCUGUCCACCCUUUCUUGUUCAAAUCGCCAUGAAAAGCUGUUGUUGGUGAAAAAACUAUAUUUUCCGUUGUGUCACAGCAACACUGUGUCAGUACAGGUGGCGAGUGUGCCUCGCGCUCACAUUUAGUCAGAAGUUUGGAGACACUUCCUGGUGAAGGAGCACGAGACAGUGUCUCGAAACUUUUGAGUCAUCGCAGGGGUGUCCAAAGUUUUAUGGCCCACACUUCAAGUUUUUAUGAAUCAAAAAAAAAAAAAGAGACGGGAAAAAAAAAACAGAAUU